UCGACCGUGAUUUACACUGUGCUUACGAUCUCUAGUUCACCUCACCAGCGUGACUGUCUGGAAGCAGGUGAUCAAUCUUUUCUUUCAUUUCCAAUCAUUUGACUAUCAAUAUCAGUGAGUAAUUCAUCCUAAUUUAGUAACUCGCUCGAAUGCGGUGGGUGGCGGAGGAUAGAGGUUUCGUUUGCAUCGGUUGGAAAGCGGCUUUAAUUUGACUUCUAUGACUAAAGCAAGUGAAAUUUGUGAAACACCCCAAAAAAAAAAAAAAAAAAAAGCGCCCACGGUCGUAAUAGUGGCAUAUAGAGUGAAGGAGCUGUUCUCAUCAAGUGAUCAGAGGACAAAGAGAGUUGAGCAAAAAACAUUCCGGUGAGUCAGAAACACACCACCUUCAAGAACUCAUUUAGUAGAUAUCAGGAUGUCUAAAGCUGUCGAUGAUGAUAAGAUGGGGACUGAGUUUCCAGUCGAUAGUACAGACUCUGAGAGGAACAGUCCAGAGGCCAGCGAUCAGAUCCAGCCAAUGAAAACAAGUCCGUUCUGCCUGUCUCCUGCACCCAGCAACACAAAGGUUAAAGCCGAGGAGGCCGUUGAGAUGACCAGUGUUCACGCUCCUCCUCCUCCAGUUCAGCCUUCUCUACCACACACACAACUCAUGCUGGCAGGCAGUCAGCUCGCAGGGCUGGCCGCUCUCCUCCCUGCACAGCAGCAGCUGUUGUUGCAGCAGGCUCAAGCGCAGCUGUUAGCCGCAGCCGUGCAGCAGUCAAACGCAGCGCAUGCGGCCCACGCAGCUGCCGCAGCCAAUCAGCAGCACCACACGCAACAGCAGCAGGCCAAUCAGGCAGCAGCACAAGCCCAGUCUCAAGCCAAACAUGAGCAAGCUCCGCCUCCACUUCUAUCGCAGCCUAUCCAGCUCACUGCCCAGGCUUUCUGUCUCUCUCUGAAGGACAUUCAGCAGUUGUUGCAGUUACAGCAGUUGGUACUGAUGCCAGGUCAUCCUCUACAGUCCCCUGCUCAGUUCCUGCUGCCUCAAGCCCAGGCUCAGCAGGGUCAGCAAGGUUUGCUUUCGACGUCAAAUUUGAUUUCACUACCUCAGCAAAGCCCAGGGAGUCUCCUGACCAGCCCACCUAGACUGGGGCUUCAAGCACAGCGUCAUCUUGACGACAGGCUGUGGUCAUUGCAGAGGGAGAAGAACGUGGAGAGCAUUGUGAGCUCCGCCCCUUCCUCCGCCCCUCCCAUGAGCUCCGUUCCCACGGCGACGCCCCAUCCCGAGGAGCCCAGCGACCUGGAGGAGCUCGAACAGUUUGCCAGAACCUUCAAACAGAGGCGAAUUAAACUGGGGUUCACACAGGGGGACGUCGGUAUGGCCAUGGGGAAACUGUACGGCAAUGACUUCAGUCAGACCACCAUCUCACGUUUCGAGGCUCUCAACCUCAGCUUCAAGAACAUGUGCAAGCUCAAACCCUUGCUGGAGAAAUGGCUGAGCGAUGCAGAAACCAUGGCGAUAGACAACAUGCUUCCGAGCCCCAGUUCACUGUCCUCACCUCUGCUGGGCUUUGAAGGGUUGCCUGGACGCCGCCGAAAGAAACGCACCAGCAUCGAGACCAACGUCCGCAUUGCCCUGGAGCGCAACUUCAUCUCGAACCAGAAGCCUACCUCUGAAGAAAUCCUGCUGAUGGCCGAGCAGCUCAACAUGGAGAAAGAGGUCAUCCGCGUCUGGUUCUGCAACCGACGGCAGAAAGAGAAGCGCAUCAACCCCUCCAGCGCCACCCCUCCGCUGCCCACUCAGCCCCCAGCACAGACGCACAAGCCCCCCUGCUACAGCCCGCACAUGAUGUCCAGUCAGGGACUGGUUCAGGUCGCUACCAGUCUCAGCACAACAGCCGUCAGUCCCACGCCUUCUGUGGCCUGCCCUCUCAACCCCAGUGGACAUGGAGUGUUGAGCUCCGCCCCUUCUUCAGUUACUCCGCCUCCUCUCAACACUGUGAGCCCCACCCCGCCGAGCCUCGGCAGCCCUGGCCUUAACACAGGGAACACAAUGAUGGGUGUAAGCACAGGAAUGAACCAGGCCCUCAUCAGCAGCAACCCUCUGGCCACAAUGCAAGCCCUAGCUGCCAGUGGUGGCCAGAUUCCUAUUUCCGCUCUUGAGGGCGGCGGUCAAAUGUUCCUGGGUGGAGCUGGAUGUCCAGGAGCUGGACUGCGCCAGUCCCUCUUCCUAAACCGCCCCACUUUACUGCCCCUGGCGAGGAGCGCAGGCAUGGGUCUGGUGGGCCACCCCAGGGCUUCUCCGCCUCCUGGCGUCAGAGGCGCAAGCCCAGACUCGUGCUCCAUCUCCCCCUGCUCAAGCCCCGCCUCCUUCUGCUCAUUAGGUGAGGCCUCACCACCCCCUCUGGGCGGAGCUAUGGAUGAGUGACGCCCACACCAAGCUACUGCACUUGAGGGGAGUCAGAGGGACGGAAGUAUGAAGACAAACAAGACUCGCCUUUUCAACCAAAGCCAUCUCUCAAUCCCUCCAUUUCUCUCUUGUGCUUUCUCUCUCAUUAUGUCUUUGAAUGCCAAAAAUACAGAGAAAUGAGCAGAAGAGAACAGGGAUAAGGAGAGAACAGGAUAACGGGGGACUUUUUAAACCAAAAAAUUGAUCUAUUCAGCGUGGAGAGGUGGCCUCAAUGGAGCUACUUUGGAGAAUGUACAUUUAUUCCUUUCUGAAUAGAAAAAGACAAACCUACAUGAACAGAUUUUUUGAGGGCAGGGUCGUGAGCCAAAAAAACUUUACGAAGAAACAACAACAAGUGAAAACGGGUGGCAACGAAUGGAACAAAGAAAGGACAUUUGACAAGUGUCAUUGGAUGGUAGAAAGAGAAACCAAAAAAUAAACACAUGGAAGAAGAAUGGAACGACUCACAAAGACAAAAAAAUUACGAAAAAUACCAAAACCAAAAUACCAAAAAUCAAAACCAAAAAAUCGGAUAGAAAAGCUUUAACUAAGACUUUGAAACCUGAAUUGUCCAGGAUCAGAUUAACU